CUGAUCUGCAGCUAAAGCAUCACUCUGCGACUGGAAGCGGAAGAGAUCUUAAGAAAAUGUGACCAGGCGCUGCCAGAGAAAGCAUCCUGCCCCAAAGGUUCAACUCAUGGUUAGGUCACCAUGUGGAUCUCCUUGGGCAUCUUCUACUACCUAGUUUUGGGGAAUAUAUUUUCUUUUUGCCUGUCUUGUCCUUCUCAGUGCAGCUGUACCUUUCACUCUCUCAGUGACUCUCUCAGUAACCUCAGGGAAGUGCUUUGUAACGACCCUGAGAUGACUCUAACACCAGUGAAUAUUCCAGUAGACACUUUCAAACUCCGUAUAGAGAAAACCUCCAUUCGCAGAUUGCAAGGGGAAUCUUUCCGACUCCUCACCAAUCUGGAAUUUCUGUGGAUGCCCUAUAAUUCUGUGGAGAGCAUAAGUAUGCUUACAUUACGAGGGUUGCAUCAACUACAGGAGCUCAGACUGGAUGGCAAUGACCUUACUUCUUUCCCAUGGGAAUCAUUGACCUACACUCCUCGAUUGAGAUUACUAGAUUUGCACAACAAUGAACUUUCUGCCAUACCAAAAGAUGCAGCAGGUUUUAUGAAGAACAUUACAUAUCUGGACAUCUCAAGCAACAAACUUAUGACACUUCCUCAGGAACUCAUUGCAUCUUGGUUAAAUCUUCAUUCAGCCUCAUAUUUCUCCAGUGGUUAUUCUACUGUAAUCCUAGGCCUUCAAGACAAUCCUUGGCAGUGUGAGUGCAGUUUAUAUGAAAUGGUCCAUUUCCUCAACUUCCAUUCUCCUUCUGUGGCCUUUAUAGAACCUCAUCUAAGGUGUGCUUCUCCUCAAAGCCUUUCUGGCCUCCCUUUCAGCCAGGUAGAGCUAAGGAAAUGUCAAAGUCCAGUAAUUCAGACAUCGGUGGCAAAACUGAAGACCAUGGUUGGUAGUACAGUCUUACUAAGAUGUGGCACAAUGGGUGUCCCAGUUCCUGAACUUAGCUGGAGAAGAAUUGAUGGUAUUCAGAUAAAUGGAACAGUACACCAGGAAAUCUCAAGUGAAGGAAUGAGCUGGUCUAUGUUAAAUGUGCCCAGUGUCUCUUAUAAAGAUUCUGGAGAAUAUAUCUGUAGAGCCAAAAAUAGCCUGGGUAUGACAGAAGCUUUCAUAUCCCUUUUGGUCACUGACUCCAACACCACAGAUGAACAAAAUGAUAAAGGCAGUAUUCUUCCCACUGUAGUGAACUCCAACAUCCAACAAUACCGAAAAGACAGCAGUCAAAAUGUUCUCAGUAAUGAAGUGCAGAAUAAUAAUCCGAACCUAGCUGCAGGCAUGGUACCUGACAGCAAGUAUCCAAAUACUAUUGUUCCACUAAUGAGUUUACCAACAAGACAGCCAGAUACUGAGAGUCUGGUCAGAGGUGUUAAAGUUAUCGGAGAUACAGAUCAUAGUGUCUCUUUGGCAUGGAAAGCUCCUCUUGCUAAAAACAUUACUGUAUUUAGUGUGCUCUAUGCAAUAUUUGGAGAAAGAGAUAUGCGAAGGAUAAAUGUGGAGUCUGGCAAGACAAAGAUCACAAUAGAUGGUUUGAUGCCCCAGACUAAGUACAUUGCAUGUGUUUCUGUAAAAGGUUUAAUUCCCAAGAAGGAGCAAUGUAUCAUCUUUUCCACCGAUGAAGCAGCCAGUGCUGGUGGGACACAGAAACUUAUUAAUGUGGUAGUCAUCAGCGUGGCUUGUGUUAUUGCUGUCCCUCUAACCUUGGUGGUCUGCUGUGGGGCUUUAAAAAGACGCUGCAGAAAGGGCUUGGGUAGGAGAUCCAAGGACAUACAAGACUCUUACGUUACAUUUGAAAGCCUUGCUAUAAAUCCAAAAACAAGGGGGGCUGAUGGAGAAUAUAUGACUAGGCAUACUCCAGAUGAAUCUAACAGACUGCUAUCUGCACGGUCAAGCAUAGAUUCAGAGGCGGUAACCAAAGCUGGACAAGCCAAUGAAUUCUUUUGUUGAUAAAUGGUGAAUACCAAGUUUGGCCUGUAAUAUUACCACUGUGACUGUAUUGGAUCAAUCAAAGGAAUCCACAAUGUGCCAGCACAGUACACAUUCAUGGAGUUAAACAUUGCCAGAAUCCUACUCUAUUUCUAUUUUUCUGUAAAAUAUAUGCAAAAAGUUUAAGGCAGCGCUGUUGAGUGCACGUUGCAUAUUAAAAUGCUCCUGAAAAAAACUAUGAACAAUUCAUUGCCACAAUUGAAAACAGUUUUAAAAACAAAAUUUGCAUUGAUUUUGAAUUAUUUUGAGAAGAUUUGAACAGUAACAGUAACACCAAAAAAGAAAAUUAACAAAUCCAAUUGAUAGAAAAAGAAAAGCGUUUUAAAGUAAUUCAUAAUUGAUGUAGUGUUGGUCUGCAUUGGUAAAAGAAAGAUAUGCUGUUGCAAAUAUCAAACAAUAGGUCUAUUCCCAUUUAAACUAUAAAAAAUUAAGAAAACCAAUUGGCAGUCAUGAGUGAAUUUUUACCAUUUCCCUUCACUGAAAAAUUCACAAAACUGUUAAAAAAUUCUCUAAACUGUUAUAAAAUGCUCGAAACAGCGGAAAACUUAUGAAACGUAUGGAAAUCAAUAGGUGACAACAUUUUUUAAUGCCUGACAAUUUAUUAUGGGCACAGCUUUCUUCCUUGCUCCAAAUACAUUAGUCAAUGGUGACUUUUUUGUCUCUGCGAAAUUUUAUCUUGCAGUGAAUUUUUGCUACAGUUUCACGAAAAAAUUGUGGAAUUUCACUGCAAAUACAUGCCUUGCGAAAAAAUUCGCUCAUCACUUCCAAUUGGUAGUCAUCAGUAAGCAUUCUGAAAGAAAUGUGGAAUCCCUCCAAAAACAACCCCAAAACAAUUACCAUUUAAAUUCUAAACAAAUGCAUGAAUUACAAAAAAAGACAUUGUUAUGAAAAUGUUUUUCGAUUGUGCCUGAAACCAGUGUGUAGUAAUUUGUGACAUACAGUGGUGUUGUAAAAUGUGCAUUUAUCUUUUUGUCACAAUUAUAAUCAAUUCUACUUAAUUUUAUUUCAUUCUGUAAAUUGUAUCUAAUUCCUCCAGAUUUAAAAACAAGAACAAAUGUCUAGUCAUGUUUUAAGCAGAAUAGACCUUGAUGUGUUAAAUGAUUGUUUUUGGACUGUUCCUUUAUAUAUGUAUUUGUAUUAUUUAAAGCAUGGGCUUGAGUGAAAAUUGCAACAUUAACAAAAAUAAAUAUAAAAUAUUACAUAUUUAACUAUAAUUUGAUUUUUACAUCUGGCCUUUUGACUCUUCUUCUGACUCUUUUAAGCUUUCAAAUGGGGGUAACUGACCCCCAACAUCUAAAAAAAGCAAAUACUUUGUAAAGCUUCAAUUUUAUGGUUAUUUUACUGUUUAUUACGCUUUCUGUUCAAGCUCUCUCUUAUUAGUAUUACAGUCUCUCAUUCAAAUCAAGUAUGUAAUCAUCAUACUGUAUUAAUUCUCAUAAUAUUAAAUUUCUAUGUAAAGGAGAGGUAACAUAAUACCUACAUGCAGGGUCAGGAUAAUUAUGAUGAAUGAAUUAAUGAAUGGGGCAUUACCUUGUAUAUUUAAGGAAUAGAUAGGUAAAAAGUAACAAAUGGAUAAAUGGGUGAUCAUCAUCAGAGGAGAGUCUGUUUUUUCAUUUAUGA